UUGUGAAAUUGGUUUAGCCCAAUGGUUGUCUGUGCCUUGGCCUAUGAGCCUAGAACCUCCCCCAUGAAACCAGACUCAAAUGUGGAAAUCCCAAUUCUAAUCCUCAAUCGUCGGUUUACAACUGCAGCGACGACAAGGGUUUUCUUCUCUCAUCGAUAGUUGGAACACAUUUGGAAGUUUGAUUAGAGACUUCAUUUGAAACCAGCAUAGAACAUACUACAUUCUUAUUGUGGUCAUAUAUGGGCUGAUUGCACGUUUCAUGGGAGGUGCAUCGGAUGAAGAACCACCCUCAAAACGUGUGAAAGCAUCCUCUACAGAUCACAGAGGUCUUUCAAACGGAAAAUUACCAAAAGAACCUUCAACCUUCUCAUUCAGUGCUUCAAUGGCUCGACCCUUAGCCUUGCAAGAUGAUGAUGAAGUAAUUGGCUCAAAGGGAGUUAAAAAAGUGGAGUUUGUUCGAAUUAUAACAGAAGCAUUGUAUUCUCUUGGGUAUAGUAAAACAGGAGCUUAUCUUGAACAAGAAUCAGGAAUACCUUUUCAUUCAUCUACAGUUACUGUAUUCAUCCAACAAAUUCUUGAUGGAAGUUGGGAUGAAAGUUUAACCUCUUUGCAUAAAAUUGGAAUAGUGGAUGAAACUAUAAUUAAACUGGCAUGCUUCAUAAUAUUACAACAAAAGUUUUUUGAACUUCUUGAUGGAGAAAAGACAAUGGAUGCUUUGAAGACACUGAGAACUGAGAUAGCACCACUUUCAAUAAACAACAUUAGAGUCCGUGAGCUUUCUUCCCUCAUUUUAUCCCCUUCACCUAGAAUCAUAGAUGGAAUAUCUGGUUUAGAGUUGACCAAGUCAAAGCCUCGGUCAGAGUUACUUGAGGAUUUACAAAAGCUAUUUCCUCCAAAUGUGAUGAUACCAGAAAGAAGAUUGUUACAGUUAGUAGAACAAGCACUUGACUUGCAACGUGACUCUUGUUUGUUUCAUAACUCUUUGGUUGGUGAAACUUCAUUGUUCAUUGAUCAUCGUUGUGGAAGAGAUAAGAUUCCUUCACAAACAGUUCAGAUUCUGCAAGAACACAAUGAUGAAGUCUGGUACUUACAAUAUUCCAAAAACGGAAAAUACUUAGCCUCAUCAUCCAGUGAUCAUUCUGCAAUUAUUUGGGAGGUCAAUCCAGAUGGCAGAGUCUCAUUAAAGCAUAAAUUAAUUGGGCACCAAAAACCCGUAUCAUGUGUUUCAUGGAGCCCAAAUGAUGAUCAAAUCCUGACAUGUGGUUUAGAGGAAGUUGUAAGGCGUUGGGAUGUUUCCUCUGGUGAAUGCCUUGAAGUCUAUGAGAAGGGUAUUAUCGGAACAAUAUCUUGUUGUUGGUCUCCAGAUGGGAAAUCAGUUAUCUCAGGAUUAACAGAUAAAACCAUAAUAAUGUGGGAUUUGGAUGGAAAAGAGAUGGAAUGUUUCAAGGGACAAAAAACUCUCAGGAUUUCAGAUCUACAAAUGACUAAUGAACGAAAAUUGAUUACCAUUUCGAAGGAAAACUCAAUACUUAUUCUUGAUAUAGAAUCAGGAGAUGAAAGAUGUAUAAAAGAGGAUCAAUCCAUAGUUUCUUUCACGUUAUCAGGAGACAAUAAGUUCUUGCUUGUUAGUCUUGCAAAUGAAGAGUUACAUCUCUGGAGUAUCGAGGGCCAUUUUCGACUUAUUUCAAAGUACAGGGGUUAUAAACGUUCUCGCUUCAUUGUUAGAGGCUGCUUUGGUGGAUUUCAGCAAGCAUUUAUUGCCAGUGGCAGUGAAGAUUCACAAGUUUAUAUAUGGCACAGAGGAUCAGGGGAGCUCAUAGAAACAUUGGGUGGACAUUCGGGUGCUGUAAACUGUGUGAGUUGGAAUCCAUCAAACCCACAUAUCAUGGCAUCAGCUAGUGAUGAUCGUACAAUAAGGAUUUGGGGAUUAAAUCAUCAUCAUCAUCAUGCUUCUGACACAAACUCUAAAACUUGCAUUCAUUAUUGCAAUGGAUCGAGUUAAAACACUAUAAUAAUAAUAAUAAUACAUUUGUUGUUUCCUUUCCUUAUGAACUAGAUAUUUCUAUAUUUAUAAUCACAAUUGAAAUGCUCACUUUAUUGCUUGA